AUGAACUAUGAUCAAUUGAACUUGGAUUCAAGUGUUGGUGGUAGUGGUGGUUUUAAUCAAUUACAAACUUAUCAAACUUAUUCAAACAAUUCAGGUGCUGGUCAGGUUGAUUAUAAUAAUCAUGAAACUCAAUAUCAAGGUUAUUUUGUUGAAACUUUUAAUAGUCAAAUGAACUACUCAAACCUUCAUCCUAGUACGUUCCAAAGCUCAGCGAUCUAUGAGAAUUUAACUUCAGCAACAACAACACCAUUGACUGAAUUUCCAAUAGAUACUUCAGCUUUUGAUAAAUAUGAAGAAGAAUUUGUGCCAGUUAGCAAUACUCAAAACGAUGACAACGGGUUUGCUUCUUUCCAACUGAACAAAAAAGUUAAUGAUUUUGAUCAAUUCCCAACAAUAUCCACUGAGUAUUCAUCAGAAAGUUGUUCGAUAUCCAAAACAGCAUCUUCAUCUUCAUCAUGUCAACCACUUUUAUCAAGUUGCACUCAACAAAAUGAUAUUAAUUCAUACUUCAUAACCUCAGCACCAACUACGUCAUUCAAUUCACCAUUAAGCACACCAUUAGCAUCACCAACAUCUACUCAGUUUAGCCGCUUGAAUCAUCCAUUAAAAUCUCCAACAUCCCCUAGAAAAUCAAGACCAGCAACAACAGCCACUUCAUCAAUAUCUUCACGCCGCUCAUCUAUUACAUCCAAUAAAGUCUGCAAGACUUACAGAGAGAAGAGCGCAUCUUUAUCAUCACCAUCAUCUCACUCCCACACAAGCCAUCAUUUCCACCAUUCAUUACAACAUACAACCCAACCAGGUCCAAUUCCAGCAUCUAAACCACAACUAACAACAGAUCUAACCACUGGUGAAGAGUUAUUAACCUUUUCAUAUUCAAAACAAAAGAUAAUAAGGAAUUUUACCAUCAAAUGUCCACCACCAAACCCUUCGGAAGCAUUAUCAGAAUUAUCUCAACAAUUUUUGUUGGAGAAUUGUGUUUAUCCAAGAGCUAUGUGUUCAUUUGAAGAUUAUAAAGGAAACAGAUAUCAAUAUGAAAAGGAAUGUAAUGAGAUUGGCUGGAGUUUGGCAUCGUUGAAUCCUGAGAUUAGAGAUCAUAGAGGGUUGAUUCAAAGAGCUGUUGAUAGUUGGAGAAAUACAAGAAAGGAUAAAAAAUUAAGAUCCAGAAGGGUUAGAAAAUCUGAAUUGAGAUGA